AUGCACGAACCGCCGAGCGGCGCUGUGUACGCCAUUUACUACCCGAUGCUGGCCGCGCUCGGUGUCCCAGUUAACAUUGUAGCCAUGGUGAUCCUGUGGCGGGGGAGGUGCGGUCUAUCCAGGUGUAUCACUCUGUACCUGCUUGCCAUGGCGAUGGCGGAUCUGAUGGUUCUCGUAACCGCCGUCAUUCUACAACGCAUCGUGCCCAUUUACUUUCCCGACAGUUACCUGUCACUCACCUGGGUCUGUCGAGUCAAGAAUUCCCUCCUUUACAUCUGCACCGACGCCUCCGUCUGGCUCACCGUCGCCUUCACCUUCGAUCGCUUCGUAGCAAUUUGUUGCCGCAACUUUAAACUCAAGUACUGUACCAAAAAAACGGCAGCGACCGUCGUCGCCACGGUUGUAGCUAUGAGCUGUUUGAAGAACUUCGGCUGGUAUUUCAUUUACGAAGCGCUUUACAUCGUGAACAACCUCCCUUGGUAUUGUCGGAUAAUUCCAAACUUUUAUACCUCGCCGUGGUGGCGAGCAUACUCAUAUUUAGACCGCAUCACCACACCCCUGCUGCCGUUCGCGGUUAUAUUGUUCCUGAAUUUCUUUACUGUCAAACGCAUCGUCGCCGCCAGCAGAGUCCGCAAAUCAUUGCGGGAUGACGCGCCCCCCGGUAAAGGUCCUGACCCCGAGAUGGAGAACCGCAGGAAGUCGAUUAUUUUACUAUUCAGCAUUUCCGGUAACUUCAUCUUGCUCUGGCUGACGUACAUGGUACAUUAUUUGUACUUUCGGAUAACUAGAACGUAUACGUACUCCGGAUACAAUGACCCGGUGUUUGUUCUUGAGGAAGCGGGAAAUAUGCUUCUGCUGCUUAGUUGCUGCACCAACACAUUUAUUUAUACAGUGACCCAGAGUAAAUUCAGAGAUCAGCUGAAGAUGAUGUUAAUGUGCCCGGCCCGGCUGCUUGCUAAGUGUGUUUAG